AUGUCUGCUUUCCCUCUUCCGAUACGCCGAGACGAGGAGAGGACCGUCGUGUCAUCCUGGCGCGCAACUACUCCGAGGAUGGCGCUUCGUCGCAGCACUCGCAUCAUCAACCAGCAGCAUCUACAGAAGCAGCAGCUAGCGGAUCAGCAGCAGCAACAGUCGCUAACCUCCCAUCAAACAGCAGCGCCAGACCCGGAACCGCGCCGGUCGGUCCGAGCAACCAAGGGUCAACACAAGGCCCUCGAGCAGCUCGACCUCCUCAGCGAGCCCCCGAAGCGCCGCGGCGGCGGCGGUAAGAAGAAGAAGGCCGCGCCCGAGCCAGAAGAGCAGCCCGAGGAAGAGAUCAUCCGCUGCGUCUGCGGCGCUACUGAACAAGAUGAGGACUCGGGUGAGCCCUGGAUCGCCUGCGACCAGUGCGGCGCUUGGCAACAUAACAUCUGCAUGGGCAUGAGCCAGUACACGGAAGACUUGCCUAAGGAGUACUUCUGUGAGCUGUGCAGGCCCGAGAACCAUAAGGAACUGCUGGCGGGCAUUCAGGCUGGCGAACGGCCGUGGGAAGCUCGUCGCAAGGCAUAUGAGGAGGAGAAGGCUGAGAAGAGGAAGAGAGGCCCCAAGAAGGGCAAGAAGCGCGCUAGCGAUCAAAAGGAAGAGGCUUUGCAAAAGGCAAAACAAUCUCCCCCGCCGCCGCCUGAGCCGAAAAAAGAGGUUAAGGCCGCUGGCCAGAAGCGCAAAACUACAGAUGGGGUCCAGGAGAAGGAAGCGAAGCAGAAGAUUCGCAAGGUUACGGAGACCCAAGCGGUACCCGUGCAGCCGCCGGCAGCCCCGUCAGCUUCGUCAGCCCCGGCAGCCCCGCCAGCGCCGUCGGCACCAUCAGCACCAUCUACGACUCCUGCAAGCGAAGCGAGUCCCAAGAUUUCGGAGCUCCCAGACACUCGCCAGGGUCCUGCGAAACUCCUAUGCAAGUCGCUUAACUUUUCUCUCGGCAUCGCUGACAAGAAUGGGCAAGUUCCAAACGAUGGCAUGUCCAUUGCGGAGCGCGCUGAGCGCUUCGCACUUGAGAUCGAGCGUGCAGUGCAUGACAGCCACCCGACGACCAGCUCCUAUGCCAGCCAAAUCCGUACACUGGCCUUCAAUCUCAAGGGUAAUCCCGAGCUUACUACCCGGCUACUGGAAAAAAACCUAACCCCGGCCAUGUUGGCAUCCAUGACGACGGAGGAGCUUGCGUCUAAGGAGCUGCAGAGGGAAACGGCUGAAAUGAGAGCAAGGGCUGAGAAGCAGUCGAUCAAGAUUACGGAUGAUUUCCCAAGGAUCAGGAAAACACAUAAAGGUGAAGAGUUCAUCAGUGAUGAUGGGUUUGCUGAGAUUAGCGAAGAAAUCCCAUCAGCUCCGGUACGCCGGCCAACAGCCCCUAAGCAGGAACCGAAGGAGACUACCGAGAUGCUCCAGGAUGCUUCGCGAAGAUCCAGCUCAGCACAGACGUCUCCUACAAGGGCAGAUUUUGACCUCAACAAGGUCUUUUCAAGCGUCAAGGCCCCUAGUGUACCACAAACUCAGGUGCCGGCCCCGUUACCGACAGCACCAGCUGCUGGCCCAGGCGUCGAUCCCGAUGUCGACCGCCUGCUUGAUGAUGGCACCCAGUCACCGCCAUACUCCCCUAAGGAGGAACUUGAUCCGGAUGUCGUCUGGCGCGGGAAUCUCGUCAUGAACACACUGGCCAACGUCUCGGUGAUAGCCAAGCACGCUGGAGGUGCCAACCUUAGCGAGACCAUUGGGUUGCCGUGGAACAAAUUGAUUCCCAAGACUCUGACGGUCUGCGGCCGCAUCGACGAGCAGCAGGCCAUCGUCUACCUGUGCAGUCUCAGGUACAGCCUGCCGACUGACGUGGUGGUCGUCAACCUCGAGCCAACGACGCCUGCUGCCAGGGAAGGUAUGCAGAAGCUAAUCGAUUACUUUGUGUCGAAGAAGCGGUAUGGUGUGAUUGGGGAUAAGGGAGUUGCCAAUGUUCGUGAUACCUACCUUGUGCCUGUCCUGCCCGGAGCGCCGCAGCCCGAGUUCAUGCUCAACCUUGCGGACAACUACAUCCCCGAGCAAAGGACCGAGCCCAUGAUGCUCGCCGUGUUCGUUUAUAGGAAUGAUCCCGAAACCAUCCAGCGCAUUCACGGCACCACCGACCCGAACCACGUCAUUAAGAUGCACCAAGCCGCUGCCCAGGCCCAAGCCCAAGCUUCCAGGCUCCUCCUGUCCGGCAGCAGUCCAUCUCAGCCCCCGCCUUCUCCCCUACUUCUCCGCAAGGUCCCUUCCCCCAGUACCCCUCCCCCGCAACGGCACCCCGUCCAGCAUCCGCCUGCUUCCCAUCCCCCUCAACAACACCACCCUGCGGCCGCGGCCUCGCCUCCUCAGCCUCCGAAACCCCCCGCCCCGUUCAUCCCCCCGAACCCGGACGAGCGACAACGGCAAGGGGAAGCCAUCGCCCGUGAGGUCUUGGGGCCGUUGAUUACGUCUCCGACGGUUGCGUUCUUGUUGCCGCAGGCUCAUAAUAUGCAUCGGAAGGAGUGGGAGGUGAUUAAGCGGAUCUUUGAGGCUGAUCCACGCGCGAGGGAGGAUCUGCCUUACUUGAGUAAUGUGUUGGAGAAGCAGAGCCAGGCCCAGCAGGCUCAGCAACAGCAGUUGCAACAGCAGCAAAGGGAGCGGGAGAGAUUGGCGCAGCAGAUGGCUGCUGGGGGGCAUCAGCAGGUUCAUCCAGUGUAUCAACAACAGCAGCAGCAUCACCCUGCCCAAGGUCAGCCGCAUCCACAGGUUCAUCCGCAGUAUCAUCACCAUCAAGCUCAGCAACAGCAGCAUCCCGGUGUUGCACCGCAUCCCCCUCCUCCGCAACCGCAACCUCAUACCCAUCAAGUUCAGCCUGCUCAACACCAGCAUCAACCUCAAUCGCAGGUGCAACAUGCUCCCCCUCAACAGCAACAACCGCAUCCUCAUCCGGCUCCAAUCCGCCAAACCCCUAUCCCUCCUCCUCCAAUCCCUCCCAUGCCUGCUGCCCCAACGACGACUGCUGGCGGUCCCCCAAGGCAGACACCUAUUCCUCCGCCGCAGAUCCCGCCUCCUCCUCCACACCCACAGCCAACUCAAGCUCCGAUUCCAACGGCGAUCCCGGCGCCAGUUAAUAAGGGGACUAUGGCUCCUGCUUCUGUUGUUGGCGUACCACAGGGCCAGGGCCAAGGACAAUCUCAGCAGCAGGGUUAG